AUGUUGUUUAAAGUUGUUUUUCUGACAUGUUUAUUGUUAAUUAAAUUUUUCAUACAACCAACAACAUGCGCUCUAUCAAACAAUAUACAAAAUCUUGAAUUUGAUGAUAUUACAACACUAUGGGAUAAAUUUCCAUCCAUUAUUGAUAAAAUUAAAGAGACUGUUAAUAGAUUUCGUUGUCCAAAAGGAUGGAAACGUUUAGGUGGCUCAUGUUAUUAUCUUCCUAAUUUUACAUCGACAUAUAUUACUGCAAAUCAUACAUGUAAUCAUCUUCAUUCUAAUCUUUCAAAUCUUAUACAAAUACGAAAUGCUGUUGAAUUAUUCUAUGCUGCUCAUGUUUUAGCAAGAAAUGAUUUAUCAUCGUUGAUGGUUUCUAUCGAUCCAAAUUUAUUCAAAGGUAAAAAAAUUGCUGAAGUGUUGAUGAAUGAUCAAGGUCGAUGGAAUCGAAUGAAAUCAAAAUUUCAUGAAGUACGUGUUAAAUAUCGAAAUUUAAGACAAAAAAUUGUUGAUCGAUUAAGUUCAACUGGUUUACGUAUAUUAACACGUUCGAAAAAAAUUAAACAAACACAAUCUCAACAACCAUUGAUUCAUGAUGAAAAUCAAGUCAAUAAUAAACAAUCAAAUAUAACCAAUAUAAGUUUUUCAAAUGAAACAACAAUAAAUAUAGGCUUAAUUAUUAAUAAUAGUAAUAAUAAUGAUGAUGAUGAUGAUGAAUAUGAAUAUGAUGAUCUUGAUUCAUCAGAUGAAAGUGAUGAAUUUGAACAGAUUGAUGAUAUUCAUGGUAUUUGCGAUCAAGUUGCUUGGAAUGCUUUAGAUGAUAGUUCAACUGUUUACAUUCUAACAACAUAUAUUGUAUCAGAUAAAAUUGUCUGUUCAUUAAGUGAUGUUGAAUCUAACACUGAAUAUCAUCAUAUUUGUGAAUAUGUGCUUGAUUUUUGUUUUGCAAAUAUUAUUUGUGGUAAACAUGGACAUUGUGUCAAUACAUUAGCAGGUUUCAAAUGUUCCUGUUCAUUUUUGUAUGGUGGUCUUCUUUGUGAGAAAAUCUCAGAACAUGGUCGACAAAUUGUAAUCAGUCUUAUCUUUAUUCUAAUUCUGAUUGCUUUAUCAUUCAAACCAAUUCGAGGUUCAUUAUGGUUUAUUGUUAAAAAAUGCAUUAAAUGUUGUAAAAAAUAUCGUCAAGGACGUGAACAAAGAAAAACAGAUAUCAGUGAUGAUAGACAACGCCUCGUACUCAGCGAUAGAUCAGAUAAUGAUAUAAAACUUACUGAUGCAGCACAUUUACAACAAGUCAAUGAAACAUAUAAUCUACAAGAACGUCGACCGACGAUUGCUCAAGAAAUUAUAGAAUUUCUUUUACCAAGAACUUCAAAUCCAUUAUUAAAUCCAAUUAAACGUAAUCUUGUUCGUAGUAUCUGGGUUGGUGUUUUAAGUAUAUCAUUUUUAUCAAUCUUAUUUCUAAUAACAACAAUAAUGUAUUUGAAAUCAUUUGUAUUUUAUAUAACUGAUGAAAAAGAAGGAGAAUUCUCAAUUAAUGAUACAAUUCAUUUAGUUAAACAAUGUGAAAGUAUAUCAGAUUAUCGACGAGGAAAUUUAAUAUUUUCUCCUUUUGCAUUGACUUUAAUAUUUAUUUUUUCUUGGUCAAUAAAACGAGAUAGAUUAUGUAAAGAUAUGUGUGAUGGUCGACCUGGUUUAUUAUCACCUAUUGAACCAUUUCGUACAGGAAAUCGUUUUACAACAGCAACUGUUUUUGGAAUUAUUGCAUAUGAAGUAUUAAAAAUUUUUGAAGAAUUACUUUUUAGCGCUGGUGAACCAUCACAUCAAGGUGUACUUGUUGAAUUAUUGCAACGAAUAGCUGUAGUCAUUCUUGUCGGACUUCGAUAUUAUCCGGUGCUUGCUUCUUUACAAUUACGAAAUAUUGUUGCUCGUUUUUUCUCUUGUUUAUAUAUACUCUGUGAUAUUAUAUAUACAAUUGUACGAGAAGGUUCAUGUAUGGGUUUUCUACCAUUAUCAGGACAAUAUACGGUUGUGGAAGAAGCAAAACUUCGAAGAGAACUUGGCACAUGGUUUAUUAUCUAUGGUUUAAUAAAAAAUAUUCCACAUUUCUUUUUUCUAUCAUAUAUUGGUGCUGAAUUAUGUGUACGUUUUAUAUAUGAUUCUCUAUAUGUGCCAAUAAAAAAAAACAAAAGUAUUUGGUCAGCAUCUAUCGUACAAUCAGAUGAAUCAGAAUUUGCACAAUAUUAUGUUACAAAAUUAUUUCGACGUAAUCGUUCUAUAUCUCGAAUACUUCCACAACAAAAUACAAAUAUGGAUAAUCUAAUUGAUUAUCAAUAUGAAACAAAUCAACAAAAUAUAAAUAAUCAAUCACGUAUUAAAAAAUUUUUUGAUUUUUUCUAUUAUUGGGAUGAUGAUUUUCGUUUUACAACAAUAGCAACUUGUACUUAUUCAGUAGCUUUUGUUUUUCUUUAUUAUUUGGCAUGUACAUUUUUUUUUCUAUAUACUUCAAGAACAACAGGACAUAUUUCAUUUAUCAGAUAUUAUAUUGAACAUUCAGCAAAUGUUGAAUUAAAUGAUUCAUUUACUUUGCAACGUGAAAUAAUAUUAAGUGCUAUUAUAACGGCAAUUAUAUACGGAUUUCAAUUAUUUGUUGGAAUGCAAAAUUAUAAAAAACAUAAAUUACAAUUAUAUCAAGGUAUAUAUGUUGAUGUUCCACCAGCAACAAAUUUUAAACGAAGUUCAAUUGCAUCAAAUUCUGUACAUUAUUCUGGUUUUCUUGUUGGAUAUAUGGCAUGGGGUUUUGUUAUUUGUUUUCAUUUAAUACUUUUAAUAUUAAUUGGAAUAAAAAUUCUUUCAUUACAAAUUCGUCAAAUUGAAUUAGCACUUGCUAUUAUUGUACCUAUACUUGUUAUUUAUUUAUUAAAAAUGCUUAGUAUGACAUCAGCUGGAAAAUUUAUAUUUAUACAAAAAUUAGAUAAUAAAUUAAAUUUAAAAAGUCGUAAAACUUAUGCAAUAUUUGUUUAUUUUAGUUUUUUUGCUGAUUGUUUUCUUGGUAUGGCUUCAUGUAUUAUUCGAUUGAUUAAAGCAACAUUUCUUAAUGUAGUAUUUAUGGCUCGACUUGAUUGGAGUUUUCUGGGAAGACCAUUAGAAAAAUUUGACCUUGGUUUUGCUGCUUAUGUUUCGUAUUUGCAUAUGGAAGUAACAUAUACAAAUCCAGUAAUGCUUGCUUUUUGUUAUUCACUUUAUGAUGAUAUCAUUCAACGACGACCAAAAAAGUGUUAUGAUGAUGAAUGUUGUAUUGCACCAGGUGAACUUGAUGAUGACGAUGAUAUUGAAGCCCUAGGAAAGAAUCAAAUACAAAAAAAUAGAUCAAAUUUAACACGAAAUUCGCCACCAGUUACAUACAGACGGCGAAAUAACAAUGAUGAAUCAGCACAAGUCGAUACUAAUUCUAGUAUUGAUGAAACAAUAUUGAAAAGAAUAUCACAAAUAGAAAGAAAACGACAGCAACGAGAUCCUUCCAUAACAGAAAUAAUACCGAAAACAGAAUCGCAACGCACAUCAAUAAUAUCUACUAAAGAAAAUCAAAAGAAUAUUGAUACAAAAACGAAACAACAACAACAGCAACAGUCAAAUAUUAGGAAUGAAGACAAAAAAAGUAAUGGUUCGAGUACUUCUGGAUCUAUUUCACAACAACAAUCGUCAUCUAGUCUUGCUCCUCAAGUACCAAUUCGUGAAGAUCUACCAUUUGACCACGAUGAAAGUGAUGAUGAUGAAAGUUUGAAACAAAAACCAUUUCCUAGUACUAUAAAACAUAUUUCACAAAAAAAAUCACGUUCAACAUCAAUUCCACAAUCAUCAAAAAUAAAUAUAGAUAAUCAAACAGACGAAGAUGAAGAUGAAAGUAUAUCAAAACCAAAGUAUAAAAGUAAAGAAAAGAAACAGAAAAAAUUAAUAAAAUCACAAAUUCACGAAGAUGAAGAUGAAGACAGUAGUCUAUCUAAACAAAUAACAGUAGCAGCUGAAAAGAAGAAACAACGAUCGGAAACAAGAAAAAAGACAUCACAACAAACAACGAUGAUUGAAGACAAUGAUGAUGAUGAUGAUGGCACAUCGAAACAACAACAACAUUCUAACAAAACGAAAAUUUCACAUAAAGCAAAGAAAAACAUUGCAAAAGAAGAUGAUGAUAGUGCGAGUAUUAGUAAAACUUCUAAUACUAAUAAAAUAAUCAUUCCAUCUAAACAACGUACAGUGGAUAAUCGAAUAAUGAAAGAAGAAUCAUCAUCGGAUGAUACUUUUAAUAGUACUACGCGAUCAUCUAAACAUCAACAAGAUAAAACUUCAACAUCACAUGAAACCGUUAAUCGUAAAGGACGAAAAAAGCCUGAUACAAGUCAAAAUAUACAAGCUAACAAACCGAUAGAGAAAUCUCAUAAAAGCACAGUUCUAAAAGAAAAAAAAAGUGCUGAUGUACAAGCAACAACAGUCUAUUCUCCACCAUCAUAUAAUUUAGCAACAAGUCCAAUUGAUUUAUAUCUUUUACGAACAACUUCAUAUCGUGAAGCUCAACAAAGUACACCACCACUUACUCUAUAUCGAUCACGUAUUUCUCCCAUACAACAUACUCAUCAAGAUACAAAUGAUGAUGAUGAUAGUCAUUAUUCGGUAAUAGUAAAUGAUACAAUUCAAUCAGGUGUUAGUAAUCGUUCUUAUUCAAAAGUGGAAUCAUUAAAAAUGUCAUCCAGUCAUUCCAAUAAACAACAAGCAUUGGAAGAGCAAAAAACAUCUGAAGAUACCAACGCCGAAACGGAAGAAGAGGGGGAACAAGAGAAAGAAGAAGAACAAGACGAUUCUCAUCUUUUAAAAUCAAAACCAACGACAUUCUCUAAAGUGCCAACAGCUCUUUCGACCGUGAAUACUUCAAUCAAGUCAGAAAAAGAUGAAAAAAUGAUACGAAGGAAACGAUUACGUUUUCGUUGGCAUUUACUUUACACGCUUAUUAGAAAUUAUCAUUUAUUCGAUUUAAGAAAAGAAAUACAAAGUCGACUUGCUCAUUUACAUUUACAAAAAAGUAUUCUUAUUGAGGAACAACAAUUUUCAGCAAUUAGUACAACUGAAGAACCAGAAACUACCAAGCCUACAACAGAAUCUAUGGUAGUAAGACCAUCUGAAGGCUUAGAAUCAUUACCAUCAGAUAUACCAACACCAAUAGAACGGCGACCUCCAUCAACUCAUCGUGUAUUAUCUGUGCCUGUAUCUGUAGUUAGUGAUUAUCCACAAAGUCCAGCUGAACGAUAUAUUGCAAAUCGUGCACGCAUGUUAUAUGAUGUUAUUGCUGAACAAAUGAAUACACCUCACAUUUCAUCUGUAUCACAAACACCUACAGUAAUCUCAUCAAGUAAUCAACAACAACGAACUCUUAUACAUACAACCUUAAGUGAUCAAAGUCUUGGUUUUCAUCUUUCUCCUGAUAUUAUUAUUCAUCCACCAUCUGAUAGUAGUACGAAAUCAAAAGAGAAACAAGUAAAUGAUUAUCCAAUGCGACGUGGAUUACAACAAGGAACAUUUGUGCCCUCAUUAUUUCAACCUUUACCUACGUCAAAUCAAUCCACAGCUGAUUAUCCACUAGCAGCUUCGUCAAUUUUAACUUCUCCAACAUUCUGUACACAAAUGAGUCAUGAUCAACAUAUGCAAGCAUGGCGUCAAAAUCAAGUAGAAAAAAUUCAGAAAAAACGGCGACAUUGUUAUAUGUAUGGUACACCAUCACAACAACCUUUAGUAGAUAGAGUUUCCACUGCUACCAUUCUUACACCACAAAUUCUUUCGACUACGAUACAACAACAAGCUCCACCAACAACAAAUGAUGGUAAAAUUCGACGAGAACCAACUCUUUCACCAUUUCGAUUUCCAAUUAAACCAGAUCAACUGCAUACUGCACCAUCAUCUACUACAAGUGAUAUUCAAGUAGAAACUAAUAAUCGAAAAUUGAAAAGAAAUCGUCGACAGAAAAAAAGUGUUGUUCCACGAAAAGGUAUGGAACGUCUUGAUGAAGAUGUACAAGAAACAUCUAAUGCAAACAAAUCAUUAAAAAUGACAUCAGCAUUAAUUCAUCGGAAAGAUGCCGACAGUAGUUCAUCUGAUGUUACAGGAGUUUAG